AUGAGGCAGAUAAUAUUGCAAUGCAUCCUAUCACUUGGCUUCUUCCUUGCUUGCGUUUGCGUUAAUGCCGCAGGGAAACCAAAUGGCUUGACCAUGGAACUCAUCCAUGUCGACUCGCCGGCAUCACCUCUCUAUCCGGGCAAUAUUUCUUAUGAAGAAGAAAUCCAAAGACUCAUAGACCGAUCCAUUGCCCGAGUUCAACACCAUCAUUACACCUUGGCAUCCCUCGGCAACAAUAAUGUGUCACAAACUAUAAUCAACCCUCUUGACAUUCGUCCGAAACUCGAAUUUUACCCUUACGGCUCUUACCUUGUACAAGUUGGGAUUGGGACUUUUGAUGCACCUUUCCCGGCAAGGUCAUUCAAUACAUACUACUUGUACACCGACACUGGAAGCAUACUCACAUGGGUGCUGUGCGAGGAUUGUCUCAAGCCUGGAAACCAAUGCUUUCAAACCAAAGAACCCCCUUUCCCUAACAGCAAGUCCAAAUCUUAUGUUGCUCUCUGUUGCAAUCAAAACCCGUUUUGCAAGACAGGCCAAUGCACCGGUCCUUACUGCUCCCAGCACGAUGAGUACAUGGACGGCACCGUUGUCAAUUCUAUUCUUUCAGGCAUAAAUAUCUUAAUCUUUUUAGUAUUAAUUCUCGAAAUUAUCGCAACUAACUAA